UUGGCGGGAGAGUUGCAAAAUGUAAACAAACAACACUCAGAACAACACAUUGUUAAUUUUAUUUACAGCAGUUCGAAACAUACGUAUAGUGAUCUUUCAGGGUUUUCACAAGUAUAAUGUCAGUCACCACGAACAAUUUUUAUGGAGCAAAAGGAAAAAGGAAAAUCUAUCACAUUAGUAAAAUUUUGGAUGAAAAUGCGAAGAAGCUGAAAUCCGACAAAAUUCCAAAGGAAUUCAGACCUAGAAUUGAUGGUCCUUCAGUAGGUUGGAAGACAUUUUUUAGACAACAGGAAGCUUUCAGUUAUGCCAGAAGAAAAUCCUCAGAUCUUCAUGUAUUUUCCUAUGAGAGUGAGAGUUUGGGAUCAGAAACUGGACAAAGGAUGUUUUUAGUGGCAUCUUAUCCUGUGUUCUGGCAUUAUUACAGGCAGUUAGAUGAACAAAAGAAGACACAUUAUGAAUUAAUAUCAGAGGGAUCGGUCUGUAAGCUCUAUUUUGAUUUAGAGUUCCCGAAAGAAAACAAUAGAAAUUGUGAUGGAAUAGCAAUGACAGAUAUUUUUACAAAGUAUGUUACAGAAUGGAUAGAUGAAAUCUUCAAGGUCAAAUGUUCAAAAGAACAUGUGCUAAGUUUGGAUGCAAGCACAGAAAAGAAGUUCAGUAGACAUUUGAUUUUCCAAUUGAAGAGGACAGCAUUCCAAGAUAACAUCCAUGCUGGAAAUUUUGUGAAGUUCAUAUUACAGAAAUUGAAGGAAGAAAUUAACAAGUUGAAACAAAAUUUGUCUGAUGUUUUAGACUAUGAUGAAUCAUCAUUCAUCUUUAAAUCUGACAAAUCCUCUGAUGAACAAACAGUACCAUGUGAGAAUAGAUUGGAUAGUCAGAGCCAUUCCCAAAAACAGGAUAAAAAUGAUUAUAAUGUUUCUAAAAUUAUGGACAGAUUUACUGAGGAAGAACUUCUAGCUAUGGUUGUUAGAAACAAACAUAGUGAAGAAACUUUAUUUUGUGAUCAAGGUGUCUACACCAAAAAUAGAAAUUUCAGAUUAUUUCAGUCCAGAAAAUUUGGGAAAAAUAAUCCACUGGUUAUUAGUGAUGACAAUCUGUACAUACCACCCAAGGAUGAUGUAAUGUCUUAUGAACAUCUUAUAUUUAAUGAUUCGCUCAUUGCUAAUAUUGAGUAUUCACCAGCUCUGAGGAUUUUACAGUUUGAUUCAGAAAGUCAGUUUUCUAACAAAUUUUCAAAUGGUAAUGUUCAGGCAAAAACUUCUGGAAAAGCCAAAGAUGUGGUGGAAGGAUUUACUAAAUCACCUUAUCCAGAAAUUGAUGAUUUUAUAUCGUCUUCAUUAAAGACAGAUAGUAAAGCUGGUUAUAUACGACAUUGGACAUACUUUAGCCAAGGGGAAUUAAUUGUGUAUGACAUUGUUGGUUAUAGAUACUGCCACAAUGUAGGAAGAGAACACAAGAGUAACAAUAUCAUGUUGUUAGCAGAUCUCAAAAGAGGGGUUUAUUACCAGAAAUGUCAUGAUCCAGAUUGUAAAUCUGUCGGCUACAAAUCUCCAGAUAAAGACAUACCUAAGGAAGCACUGCCCUCGUUCUACUUUGAUGACAGUUUUGAUGAGUUUGAUGAAGGUGUAGAUGAUAUGGACAUUUUAAAUGCUGCAUUGGAAGUGGAAAAAAAUAUUCAUAACAAAACAAAUGAAAAUAAGGAUCAAACCUGAACUUAUUUUUACAAUGAAAUACUUAUAGUGUUUCGAUUAUGUAUGUCAUUCAGGCUAAGAUUUUAGUGUACCCAAUGUAUAUAAUCCUACCUGAAUGUAAGUAACUACUGACUGUCACUUAAUGUAAUGGCAUGUAUAGACACUUACAUUAAGUCAUACAAGAUGGCUUGGUUCUUGGCAUGAGCUUUUUAAGUAACAACUUGAUAUCAUUUAUUUCUUCAAGUACUGGUACUAGUACGGGUAUACUUGUUAAUGAAUAAAGAAAAUACCAUAUAUAUAUUUAAUUAUAUUAUAUAAAUUUAUUUAUGAUCAAGUGUUAUAUAUUUGAUGACAGUCUUAGGUUUAUGCCUAUCUAUAUAUUAUUACUAUACUUCAUUUCAAAAUGUCAUCUUUUCUUUUGAUUGGAUAAUUUGAGGGUGAUAAUUUAUUCUAUCCCAUUGCUCAGGGGAGACAAUUUUUUGAAUGUCACCCUCUUGUACUGACCAAUCAAAAAUUGAUGUCUUAAAGGUCAAUGAAUUGAAUUCACACAAUUAAUAUGAUCAAAGACAAUGCCCAAGGUCUACAUUUUGACCACAAAAACUUUCCCAUCAACCUUCAAAUGAAAGAAAAAUUGUCUUGUUUCACUCCUGUUAUUUUUCUGAUAACUGUGACACUGCUUUUUAUGUGAAGUUAUAGUUACAAACUUUCUAUUGAAAAUUUAACAGUAAAAAACAAUAAUGAUAGAACAUUCUGUAUAUUAAAUUAAAUAGCACUGCACAUUGCUGAGAGGUCCCCCUUGAAAAAGCAUUGUCAAUCUCAGCUUUGCCUCAGUUAACAAUGUUUUCCGGGGGAAAGCAAUCUGCUCUAUCACCCUCCCAGCUAUGUGCUAUUUACAUACUAGCAUUUAUCAUCAGACACCCUAAAAUUUUAAUUGGAAAAGUGAGAAAACUGACCCAUGAUAACCUUACAAUAAGAAUAAAAUUGAGAAAGUCUGUCCAAAGCUCUUGUCAUUGCUUAUGUUUUCAAAAUCAAUAUACUAAUUAAUUUGCAUAUUUUGUAUAAAUACAAAUAAUUACAUUAGAUGUAUGUUUCAUUGUAAUACAUUAUACUGAUAGCUACACUGCAAUCUCGCGUUGUUCCUUAAUCAACUUCAUUACACAAUAAAAAUUUACCAUUCACUAUGACAUGAGGUCCCACAAUAAAGUGCACAGGUAAAUUAAAUAAAAACUUGAUAAAAAUUGUGUUUUGAUGAUUCUAGCUAAAAAACGUAAUUAUAAGUAUUGAAUGCUUCUUUUUGUAACUUUGUAGGGUUGUAAAAGUGUUGACCGUUCGCACAUUUUUAGAAUGAAGUGCGGAAUACAAAAUGUACUUUGGUCAACACCAGCUUUUACACCCAAAUAAAGAUACAUAAAGAAGCAUUCAAUUCUUAAAUGAAAUGCUUUAGCUCACCUGGUCCAUAGCUCUUGCUAUCACUUUGAGUCUUAAUUUGCGUUUGUCCAAGUAGUAAACCUUUUAAAAAAUCUUCUCUGUAUCUACCGGACCAUUUUAACGAAAAAUGGCUGAAUGCCAAAUUUUGUAUUGCUUGUUUUUGUUUGUUUCAAUGUUAUUUAAAUUAAAACAAUAUAACAUAUAGGUAUAAUCUGUAAAGAUUAUCAGCGAUACAAGAUCUGUAUAAAAAUGCCAAUAUGACUGUAGUGAUGAAGCCAUUUGAUGAUUCCUUUUUGGAGUUUCUACCUAUAUGAUAUAUAUUUUUUGUUAGGGUUUCCAGUGUGGCUAUUACUGGCAGUUGCUGUUAAUAAUCAUAUUUGUUUUUCGUUUAUUGUUUUGUACACAGAUCAGGCAAAAAGUUGUCUCAAUUUUUUUCAAGGCCUUUUAUAGAUUGCUAUGAUAUAUUGUUUUUUUCUCAUUUUUGAAGGCUAUACAGUGGUCUUUAUUGAUCACUUCUACAUUAUUCAGUCUCGUUGGCAAUCAUACCACAUCUUAUUUAUAUAGAUUACACAUUUUUCUAGUGAAUAAGAAUAGAAAAUGUCAUUGUUUACUGGAAAUA